AAUAUGCAAUAAUAAAGUACUUUAUUCAUUAAUAGUGAACUAAUUAUAUGAUAUUUAAAAUACAAAACUGCAAAUACAAUGGAGCAAUAUGAAGAAACUGAUAUUUCUAGCAUAACAAAUGCUAAAGCUGAUAUUUCUCCUAAAUCAAAGCAAAAGAAAAAGUCUCUUUGUCGUAUGCUUAUGAAUAAAAAAACCAAAGUUGGAUGUUUAGAAACAUCUUAUAAAAAUGGUAAUUCAAAUAAGAAUUCUAAACUGGAAAAUUCACAACAUGGAUCUCACACCACAAAACUUUCAUUAUGCUGUGCAAUGACUGAACGCAGUAGAACACCGCCGCAAAGUUUAACUGUUAGUAGAUUAUCUCCCACUACUUUGAGUCAUACUUCUGUUAAAUCUGAAGUAGCUUCUGCUAAUGGAAAUUGUCAAACAAAUGCAAUGAUAGAAAAAGAAGAAAUUUACAUAGCAAAUUUACAUAAUACAUAUAAUGUCCAAGAAAAUAUAGAAAGAAAUAAUAUUUUUAUGGAUAAAAAUCGACAAAAUACAUUUAUUGAAGAGUCAACAGAAGAUUCAUUUGAGGAAUCAUCAGAAGAUGAAAACGAACUUUUUAUUGAUAAUGAAAAAAAUGAAAUAAAAUUAAAGGAUGAGUAUUUUACGAAAGGAAAAUAUAUCACUUAUUUCUUCUUGGAAAUGGAACGGCAGUUCUACAAUCCUUUUGACGUUUACAAUAUGGUUCAAUACCAUGACUCUAAUACUGAAAAACCAGGAAAAGAAGGUGAAAAUUCAUCUUCUGGAUCUAUUUCUCCAAAUGUUCCUGCAUAUUUAAGACAAAGAUUAAUUCAUAGACGAUCUGUGGAUAAUUUAGUAGGAAAUUCACCAACAAAUUCUAUGAGACAUUCAAGUCCAGAAUCUAUAAAAAGUGCACCUGUUCAACUUAAACCACGUUCCACAUCUCAUGAUGCUUUGUCUAAAAAAAAAGAACGUCAUCAAUCUCAAACAACUGGAGCAUCUAUGGAUAGUUUAGCAAAACAAGCAUUAUUAGCUGCUCAAGUUCUUAAUUUGAUUCCUACACAAAAAGCACGAGAAAGAAAUUUUCUUCAUGGAAGAAUUGCUGCAAAUUCAUUGCUUGGGCCAGUAGAACUUGAAAAAGUAUUACCGAAUCGCGAAUUAAAAAUUUUUAUUGGAACAUGGAAUAUGAAUGGACAAAAUCCACCAAAAGAAUUAAAUGAUUUUAUGUUACCUUCAGAUAUAGAAACUGUUCCAGAUUUAUUAGCAAUUGGAACACAAGAAUCUUGUUCUGAGCGAAGCGAGUGGGAAGCAGCUUUACAAGAAACUCUUGGUCCUUCUCAUGUAUUACUUUGUAGUACUGGUUUAGGAACAUUGCAUCUUGCACUUUUUUUAAGAAGAGAUUUAAUUUGGUUCUGUUCUAUUCCUGAAGAUGCUAGUUUCUCAACUAGGACAGGAACUGCUUUUAGAACAAAAGGAGCAGUAGCUAUAGCUUUAAUGUUAUUUGGUACAAGUUUUCUGUUUGUUACUGCACAUUUAACUGCACAUCAAGAUAAAGUUAAAGAAAGAGUAAAUGAUAUUAAAAGAAUAGUUAGAAAUCUUGAUCUCCCUAAAGAUUUACCUACAAGACAUAAAAGCAAAGAUGUAACUCAAAAUUUUGAUUGCAUAUUUUGGUGUGGUGAUUUAAAUUUUCGAUUAGCACAACCACGAGAAGAAGUUAUUCAAUGGGUUACAGAUACAUGUUUUCCACAACAAUUACCUGUAAAUUUACACAAAGAUCAAUUACAAACAAUUCUUAAUGAAGGAGCAGUUUUACGUGGUUUUGAAGAAGCUCCAAUUACAUUUCCUCCUACAUAUAAAUAUGAUCCUGGAACACAAAAUUUUGAUUCAAGCAGUAAACAACGCACACCUGCAUACACUGAUAGAAUUCUUUUUAAAGGAAAAGGACAUAUAAGAGGAUAUAUUAGAAGAGUUAGUCAUGAAAGCUCUAGUUCAUAUAAAGAUGGAAUUAUAGAAUGUUUGGUUUAUGAUUCUGUACCAAGUAUUUGUACUUCAGAUCAUAAACCUGUAUGGGGAGUUUUUAAAACAACUAUAAGACCUGGUAUUGAUACUAUACCUCUUGGUGGAGGUUUGUUUAAUCGUGAAAUAUAUUUAGAAGGUAUAAAAAGACGAGCAGCUGCUAUGGAUGAAUCUCAUGGAACUUCAAAAGUAUGUUUAAUUCAAUAAAUAUAGAUAAUAUAAAUUUCAUUAAAGAAGAAAUUUCAUAUUGAUAAAAUUUAUAUAAUGAGCAUUAUAUUUGUUUCUAAUUUUUUAAUGCCAAAAUGUGAGAUCAUAGAUAUUGCAAUUCUUACAAUUAAUACUUCUUUUUUUGUAUGCUCGAUAUAUGACAAAUUUAUAACUGUUCAUAACUUUUUUAUAUGAAUAACAAAUACUGUUUUUUAGUGCAGUUUAUAGAAUAUGCUGAUAUUGUACAAUGAUAUUGUACUUUGUAAUGUUUAAACAAAAUAUAUUAUAUAAUAUAUUAGAAUUUCCAUUCUUAUAAUUAG